AUCUCUCCGGUCCUCUUUUCAACGUCACCAAGUCGAUAAAAUUCCCUACAAGCAUUUUCCAAUCGGUUUGAUCAGGACAUCAAACAAGAAAUCGGUUUCUGGAUUCCUUCGUUUUGGUUCAGGAUUUCUGUUCAAUUAAGUGCAAUCGGAACGCGGAGUUGUUUGGAUUUUAAUAACUUUAGGUUUUAGGUAAAUUUCAUCGGAGUUAUUUCAGUAUUUUGGGAACUUCAGCGAAAUAUGCAGAGCCAAAUAGUUUGCAGUGGUUGUAGAAGCAUUUUGUUAUAUCCGCGAGGAGCUUCAAAUGUGUGCUGUGCAUUAUGCAACACGGUUACCUCGGUUCCCCCUCCAGGGACAGAAAUGGCACAACUGAUAUGUGGAGGUUGUCACACAUUGCUAAUGUAUACCCGUGGUGCUACAAGUGUUAGAUGCUCUUGUUGUCAUAUAGUGAAUCUUGCACCAGUUGCAAACCAGCUUGCCCAAGUCAAUUGUGCAAAUUGUCGGACAAUGCUGAUGUAUCCAUAUGGAGCCCCAUCCGUUAAAUGUGCAGUUUGUCACUACAUUACAAAUGUCAAUAUGAGCAAUGGAAGGGUUUCCAUUCCAAUGCAACCACCAGGAUCAAUGCCCUCUGCUUCAACAGAAAUGCCUCAUUUUCAUACUCAAACCGUUGUUGUUGAAAAUCCCAUGUCGGUUGAUGAGAGUGGAAAACUGGUAAGCAAUGUUGUGGUUGGGGUGACAACGGAGAAGAAACAAAUAAGUUGAAAUAUUGGGAAUGACCAAUUAUGCACUUUGGUACCCCGAGUUAUCAUUUAAUGAACAAAAAUGGCCCGAUAGCAUUUGAAUUUGUAUACCAUUAGAAAGGAAAAAGUUGGCAUCAUAUUAACACUUAUUUUAAUUGUGAUUGUUAAGAAAGUUUAAGGGAUUAUUGAUGUGUUGAGUUGAGAGUGGAUAUGGUUGAUAGAAAGAGUAUAGAUUUUAUGAUGUGAAUUGUUUAUUUGCUUGUAAAUGAUGUGAAAAUGAGGUGCUCCUAUUUUA